CGGGCGCACCUGCGGCAGUUCGGCGUCACCGAGUGGUGCGUGAACGGCUCCCCCAUCGAGACGCUGCGCGAGUGGAUCCGGCACCGGCCGCACAAGGCGGGCGCCUACCGCAGCUACAUCCAGGGCGGGCGCCCCUUCUCCAAGAAGUUCCGGAGCUCGGCGCACCCCCGGGAGCCCCGCGGCGCCCUGGCCGUGCCCUUCCUGCCCAAGGGCGGGCUGGCGGCCGAGGCGGCGCUGGGCGACUGCGGCAAGGGCCCCGAGGGCGCCGACAGGGCCCUGGGGACCCCCCUGGGCGUGGUCAAGGUGGAGGAGCAGAGG